GACAGUUCUAUUAAUUGGCGUUGGUGAAACCGGUCCAAAAUGUAUUGUAUGCAAACAAUUAUAACCUCCGGUAUAUUCUGAAGAUGAUCCCUAAAAAUCAGUAGAGAUGUCAAUGCAGCAACCGUCAACUGCAGUUUUUCAUCCUACGACAUAAAUCUCAUCAGGUGUCGGCGAUAAUUCUCGGGUAACCAUGGAAUUCGUGCGGAAUCUCGUUGGCUAUAACCUGAAACGAUCGUUUCUCAAGGCGGCCGUAAUACGUCUGCAACACGUGCGAUGCAUCAGACUAGCGGAAGUCGGCAAAUUAGAAACACCAAAGUUACAGGGAAAAUAUGAGACAGGUCAAUUGAUUUUACACAGAGUCUUUGGUUACCGAGGUGUCAUUCUAUUUCCAUGGUUGGCAAGAGUAUAUGACAGAGAUAUAUCUAAUAAGAAGGAUGAAAAGGAUAACAGCAAUUUUAACAGUGUCGGUGAGAAAGAAGUAAAAGGCAGAACACACACAUUUUAUCAAGUUUUGAUUGAUCAACGUGAUUGUCCUUACAUACGUGCUCAAACAGAGGCAGUUACUUUCUUGGGCAACCAUGAGAGCAGUCGCAGCUUAUACGCAAUUCCUGGAUUAGAUUAUGUCGCUCAUGAGGAUGUACUGCCAUAUACCACAAAUGAGAAAGCGGCGCUGCAACAUGAACUGUUCGAUAAAUUUCUGACUUAUCAUCCAGACAAGGAGCCGUGCUUUGUGGCACAGGAGACCCUUCGCACAUGGCAGAAAAAGAAUCAUCCGUGGCUUGAGUUGUCAGAUGUACAUAAAGAAACGACCGAGAAUAUUCGUAUUACCGUUAUACCGUUCUACAUGGGUUGCAGGGAUAGUCAAACUACUUCUGUAUAUUGGUGGCGUUAUUGCAUCCGACUAGAAAACUUGGGUGAGUUGAGCGUGCAAUUGCGUGAAAGGCACUGGAGAAUAUUCAGCUUGUCAGGUACAUUAGAAACUGUUAGAGGAAGAGGCGUAGUGGGUCAGGAACCUGUGCUAUCGAAAGCUUUACCCGCUUUUCAAUAUAGUAGUCAUGUGAGCUUGCAAGCUCCUAGUGGUCAUAUGUGGGGAACAUUUAGGAUGGAAAGAGAAGACGGAUACGCGUUUGAUUGCAGAAUUCCGCCAUUCUCUUUAGAAUCGAAAGCAGAGCCAUCCACGCCCAAUGUAGAAAUCUGAUUCUUUAACGAAGGAUGAUUUAAUAAUUAUAAGUGAUGAUUAGUUAGAUAAAUAUAUAACAAUUAUUAGAUGACGAUAAUCAAGUACAAUCAAUGGCUGCGUUC